UGGGGUGCCUGUCAUCUCCUCCCUCUCUGCUCCCCAGACACUGAGUCUGGGAUGAAAAUUCACCUGCCUCUGAGUUGGCCACGAGGGGGGCGGGGUGUUACUUGGGCUCCCAGGUUGGAAGAUUAUCUCACCGGCCCUGGCUAUAUAAGCUGCCUGGUGUGGAGGCGCACGGCAGGGCCAGCCCAAGCGAGUCGCCCCGCAGGAGAAAACACACAGACGGACUUCAGGCCAACAUGAUGAUGCUGAAAGUGGAAGAGCUGGUGACAGGGAAGAAGAAUGGCAGUGGGGCCACUGGGGAGUUCCUUCCUGAGGAUUUCACGGAUGGAGAGUAUGAAGCUGCGGUUACUUUGGAGAAGCAAGAGGACCUGAAAACACUUCCAGCCCACUCCGUGAGCCUUGCGGAGCAGCAGUGGAAAAUUGAGAAACAACGAGAGGCAGAGCUCAAGAAGAAAAAACUAGAACAAAGAUCAAAGCUUGAAAAUUUAGAAGACCUCAAAGUGAUCAUUCAACUGAAGAAAAAGAAAAAAUACAGGAAAACGAAAGUUCCCGUUGUGAAGGAACCCGAACCCGAAAUCAUCACAGAACCGGUGGAUGUGCCUCGGUUUCUGAAGGCUGCCCUGGAGAAUAAACUGCCAGUAGUAGAAAAAUACUUGUCAGACAAGAACAGUCCAGAUGCCUGUGAUGAGUAUAAACGGACAGCUCUGCACAGAGCAUGCCUGGAAGGACAUUUGGCAAUUGUGGAGAAGUUAUUAGAAGCUGGAGCCCAGAUCGAAUUCCGUGAUAUGCUUGAAUCCACAGCCAUCCACUGGGCAAGCCGCGGAGGAAACGUGGAUGUCUUAAAACUGUUGCUGAAUAAGGGAGCAAAAAUCAGCGCCCGGGAUAAGCUGCUCAGCACAGCGCUGCACGUGGCGGUGAGGACCGGUCACUACGAGUGCGCGGAGCAUCUCAUCGCCUGCGAGGCGGACCUCAACGCCAAGGACCGAGAAGGCGAUACCCCCCUGCACGACGCCGUGAGGCUGAAUCGGUACAAGAUGAUCCGACUCCUGAUUAUGUAUGGCGCGGACCUCAAUGUCAAGAACUGUGCUGGGAAGACCCCGAUGGAUCUGGUGUUACGCUGGCAGAAUGGAACCAAGGCGAUAUUUGACAGCCUCAAAGAGAACUCCUACAAAACCUCUCGCAUAGCUGCCUUCUAAGAGAAACCACCACAGGCUUGCACCGGCUGCUCCGCACCUGGCACCUGCGUUUGGAAGGCACGGCCCGGAGAGGAGCAGCUGAGUUAGAAAACCCAGCUUCCCCUUGUCCACCUGUGGUCAAGCUGCACCUUAUCAAGUUUUGAGAAAGCAUGGGAUAGAGGCGUUGACAUUUCCCUUAGCAAAACUCACUCUAUUUAUUUGUAUUUAUCCCUGUCUAUUUAUUUAUUUAUUUUUACCUGUACUCCAGUACCACUGCUGCUCAGGUCCUCUGUGCUCAUCGCCUUGGUGAGCAGAGCUUCAUCUGUACACAACACUCCAGAGCCUUCUUAGGAAGGUCUUAACCCAGGUCAGUGAGCAGCUCUCGGUGGCUACGGACACCUCACUCACGUAGGCUGUUUCAGGGUGUUUUUUGAAGACAAAGGUGGUUAUUGCCGCCCUCUCUUCUCCUGAAUUUUUAUUCCCGAGGUCCGAGGCAAUGGAAAGCAAAGAGUGACGGACAGAGUAGAAUGGCAGAGAUUCUGCGAGGACAGGAAAGCCUGGCAUUUCUUAGCAAGCCACGCGCUGUGCCAAGGUGAAGCGAAGGUCGUGAGUGUGAUGGAGUGCCGUGGGGGGAGUGGCCACGGGGCCACGAAGAAUGGGAUUUGCUUAGAAGGACAAAAGUAAUGGCAAAUUGUAAAUGUGUAAAUGUAUAUG